AUGAGAAAAGAAGAAAUGAAUAGGAAUUUUCAAAAUGCGUCAUGUAAAGAAGACAAUUAUAUCAAAGCCUGGCUUAAGCAAACGGAAAAUCCAGAAUUUUAUAAAAACUUGAAUGAUUUAGAUGAUGAGUCAUAUACGAACGAAUUUGUAAAGGUUGUCGAUUUUAAUAAUUUUAAUAGUAAUUUUAUAAAUAAUAUGAUGGAAGAACCUUUUGGGGAUGAAUUUAGUAAACAAAAAAAAAGAAAAGCAUAUAGCUUAUUUUAUAGUAAUGAAAUUGGACCGAAUAAUGAGGAAAAUUAUGAUUUGAAGAAUAUAUAUACAUCAUUUGAUGAUUCAGAUGUUAAAUAUUUAAAAUCCUUAGAUAAGACACCAUCAGCAAAUAUGAAAGAUAGAGUAAAAGGUCGAUAUAAAGAUGAACAUAUGUCUAUAAAAAAAUUAAAAAGAGAAAAUAUAUGUAAUGAAAAUAAUGAACCAAUAUUUCCUAAUAAUAUUAUGAUGGAUAAUUCACCUUAUUAUAAAUUUAGAAAUAGUAAUAAAAAACCUAGUUAUGGAAGUGAAAGCACUAAUGAAUUUUUUAAUAAUUAUGAUUUUGAAACACCUAUAAAAAUAUUAAGUUCAAAAAAAAAAAGUUAUGACUUCAAAAAUAGAAAAGAUAAUUCUACAAAUACAACAAAAGAAAAUUCUUCUAGAGAAAAUGUUUCAUCCAAUAAUAGUGAAACCAAAAGAACAAUAAACUUUUCCAACAAAACAGAUGAUUUUAAUGAUUUACCAUUUAACUCAGAUAAUGAAUAUAUAUCGUCACCUGAAUAUAUGGAUCAUGAGCAAAAUACAAAAUAUAUUAACAAAAAACAAAGAGAAGUAAAUUUCCUUGGACAGAAACUAGAAUAUAAAGUUGUUGGUAAUGUCAUAAAUUGCUCUAAAAAUCAUCCACAAUUUACUUUGUUCUGA